AUGGCGCUCCGGUGGAAGGUACCGAUCGUUACGGCAGAAUGGUUGUGGACGUGCAUCAAUUCGGGGUUCAAGUGCCCUAUUGAGGAUUUUCUCUUCCCCGAACUCAACCAGAAGAUCCGUUCCGAGGAACCACCGGCGUCAAAGGGCAGCCAGGUCCCUAGGCAGGACAAGGCCAAGGAGAAGCAAACCAAGCAAUCCAAGCUAGAGAGCGUUGAUAAAGAUCUACUCCCCAAACCGGCUGCCGCCGCCACCGCAAGCAAAUCACGCAGUCGCGUGGACGCCUCCGACUUUACCUCUGCUAUCCGAGAGAAGAUGAGAUCUUCAGCUUCAGAGUUCAAGAACACGAAAGCAACGCCAGCGCUGGCACCGGCAUUAGACGAGUCCCACGAUAGCUACGAGACAGCACCGAGUCAGCGACAAGCAAGCACGGCGAAUACCACACCUAAAAAGAAGACGGCAGCAUCAGCUGGCGCACCGCUAACCGAUAUUUCCAACCUCUCCCAGCCCGCCUCCUCUUCAAAUCAAAAACAAAAGGAGCAGCCACUACGCAAACCACUACACAAGAUACGAAGCGAGAUAGCAGAUUCUGACGCGGAGUCUGCAGCGGACGACGACGAUCUUCCCCUCCCUGGCGAAGACGACUUGCCAGUCGUUGUCGAGGGAGAGUCCGGCAAACGACAACAGUCUAAAUCGCCGAGCAAGCUUAAAGCCUUGGAGGAAGAGCCGGUGAUAGAAGACCCAGGCGAAACCGGCGAAGAACUCCGCCGCCGCUUGCUCAAAGAAGCAGAAGAGAAGAAAAGGGCCGAGAAGGUAAAGGUGACGGAUCGAUUGGUCGACUUGUUGUUGGAUGCCGGUGGUGACGGCGAGGCCAGCAUGGAAACUGCCGCAGCAACGUCAUUCGCCAGCGCUCUCUCAUACACACAUGGGGCCAGAGGCACCUCCGUCACGGCUGUAGAGACAAUAGAGGCCAGGGCCAUGACCGCGGUAACAAGAGCACCAAGCGAAGCCGCCUCCGUGCGCUCCGAUGACGGAUCCGUCACCGGCAAAUCCCGUCGACGGAAGCGAGAGAUCCUAGGGAGAGCGAUGAGCAACGUGUCAGCGGCAAGCGAGGACGGUCUGGCAGCCGAUUCUCCUCCGCCUCGUGGAGCCGAGCUGGUAGGGCGCCAAGCUAGAUCCCUUCGAACUUCGACUUCCGGACGCCAUGCUCAACAGUUACAGCACAAAGAGACCACUCCCCCAGCAGCCGCGCCUGCCACCACCACAACCGCCACCGCUUCAACAAAGCGCAGAACCCGCUCCAAGAAAGACGAUAAGGAGGGACCACCCCCCACACAAGUAGAUUACCAAGACAUCGACUCCCGGAAGGCCAGGCAGAAGCUCCUCUCCAAGCUCGGCGAUGAUAAAGCUACUGAUCCCGCCGCCGUCUCUAAGCGAGCGGCGGAGGAACAGACGACAGUGUCGAUUGGAGACUUGGAUGCGUUUGUUAGGGAGAAUGAAGAUCACGGCAUGGGAAGCCCAACGGGGCUGGGGAGGACGAUGAGGAAUGCUGCACAUGGGGAGAAGGGGUAUGGGGGGAGGAAGAGGACUACGAGGAGGUCGAAGGGGGCAUAA